AUGAUUAUUCUUUCUCAAAUCAAUCACAAGAAUAUUGUAAAGCUCUUGGGUUGUUGCUUGGAAGUGGAAAUUCCCAUGUUGGUUUAUGAGUUCAUCCCCAAUGGAACCCUCUUUGAGUUCAUCCAUAGCAACGAGGGGAAACUAAUUCCCUUGACUACUCGUUUACGAAUAGCUACAGAAUCUGCAGAAGCUCUCGCUUACUUGCAUUCAUCGGCAUCCCCUCCGAUCCUUCAUGGAGACGUGAAGUCACUCAACAUACUUCUAGAUCAUAAUUACGUGUCAAAGGUAUCGGAUUUCGGUGCGUCGAGGAUGAUGUCUUUGGAUGAAACCCAAUUCAUAACGAUGGUUCAGGGAACUCUUGGUUAUUUGGACCCAGAGUUCUUGCUAGUCCGUCAACUGACGGCAAAGAGUGAUGUCUACAGCUUUGGGGUAGUUUUGGUGGAGCUCAUCACAAGGAAAAAGGCAAUUUAUUAUGAUGGGAGCAGUCAAGGAAAAGCUCUUGCCUCAAGCUUCAUUGAAUCAAUGAAAGAUAGUCGACUUGAAGAGAUAUUGGAUGAUCAAAUCGUGGGAAAAGAAAACAUGGAUGUCAUCCAAGAAAUUGCCGAGCUUGCAAAGGAAUGUUUGAACAUCAAGGGGGAUGAAAGGCCUCCGAUGAGAGAAGUGGCUGAGAAACUGUAUAUGUUAGGAGGGUUCCUACAGGUCUCUUCAACACACCAUGCACCCAAGGAAUGCGAAACAUUGCUUGUUGAAUCAUCUAUGAGCUCUACCUUGGAUUCUGUGGGGUACCACAGUUUAGAGAACAAAUUGGGAUUUGAUGUAAAAGCUGGAAGAUGA